AUCAAAAAAAUAUUAACAAAAUAUGGAUUCAUCAAGCAAAUUGUUCCAAAUUUCUAGAGAGUUAUCAGUAGGACAUUCUUCAAGAAUUUAUUAUUAUAGAAGAGGUGAAGGGGUUCCAUUUGAAUGGGAAAAGCAGCCUGGAACCCCUAAAAUUAAUCCAACAAAAGAAGAUGUCAAUAUACCACUUAGCCCUCCACCUUCAUUUCAAAGCAUAGGGCUUACUAAACCUUGUUUUGAUGAUCAUGAUGAAUCAAAACAUUUCAAGGUUUGGCUUACAAACAAGAUGAAGAAAUUGCAUUCAUCAAAAAGAUUUGUGAAAUCGCGUGAUGGAGACGAUUCGUUUAACAACUCUAGUUCAUCUUCAUUUGAUUCAAACACUAAAGAGAGGGAUAAAUUUUCAAGGGAUUUAAUGGAGGAUUCAUAUUGUUGCAAUCUCACAUCAAUGGAUAAAGAGGAGGGCUAUAGAAAAAUGCACAAGAGAGAAGAAAUUGGUGAAAGAUUAUUUGUUGAGAGAAUAGUUUCAAGAAUGUCAUCAGUAGACCAAUCUUACUAUAGAAGCACAGUAGAAGGAAUUCCCUUCAAAUGGGAAAUGCAGCCAGGUACUCCUAUGGCUAUACAUACACCACAAAAUGAAGUCAUUCCACCACCUAGCCCUCCACCAAUGAUACAAAGUUUGGCAUUCCCUAAACCUUGUAUUCCUCAUCAUGAUCAAGACAAUACACCUUCUAAUACUUGGGAGAAAAUCAAGAGAAUGAUCAAAAGUAGUCAUCAAGCAGGGCGUCGCAAUUCAGUUAUAUCUUCUUCUAUCUUGAAAAAGAAAGUGCUACCCUUGUCUAAACUUACAAAAGACGUCUUGGGGAGGAAAUUUUGUUUCAAUCCAGGGAAGAUUAAAGCAAAUCUUGCGUCUUCAAGACGCAUAUGA